AUGGCUUCUACGGUUUCUUUCAAGGUUGCUUUUUGCUUCGCUGUUUGUUACCUCGCAACUUUGAGCUCUGGAGAAGGAUUGAUAGAAGAACACAAAGUCAUUGAUGACAAUCUGAAACUGAGGGAUUCAAGCGUCGAGGAAGUGGUCGUUCCACUGGCCCUGAAAUAUCUGCCUCGCGCCGGUAAGCUCUCUGCCCUAACCAUGCCCACUGCUUCUGUACUUGUGAUCUGUCCACGUGCUGACACGCCUUCGUAUGCAGAUACUGUCACCGUCACUGUCACGGAGACUGUGUGCAAAUCUUCAAGCACGACUCUCUCAAAGCCUUCUACCACCAUUUGGGUCCCAGCAAUUCCAACCAUGGUUACCACCGCUUCGAUGCCAACGUCUCAGACUAGCGUUUCCACGUCUGAAUCUUCUACUACGUCGUCUGUAGAGCAGACGACUCCUCACCGUACCAGCUCGACCAGUAGCAGCGAUGCUUCUACUCCUGUGCCCAGCAGCAGUGAACCACCAUUCGCUCCUCCUCUUUCGGAUUCUGCCACUGGUCAAGGGAAAAUACACUUUCCUUUGCUGGUAUGGAGCUUGGUGAUGACAGGUUUCAUGAACGUGUAG